AUGACGGGGUCAAGAAAAGGUGAAACAGUUGGCAUCUUUAGAAUUACCAUCACAACUAAUGAAUUGAGCCUGCCUGGAAAGCUGCGAAGACGUCAAUUUCCCUUAAAACCAUGCUACGCUAUGACAGUCAACAAAUCGCAGGGCCAAACACUAAUAAGAGAAGGUCUCUACUUAAGGACUCCGUUGUGGUCUCACGGCCAACUCUGCGUCGCCCUCAGCAGAGUACGGUGUAGACAAGCAGUCAAGAUAAUGGGUAAAGAGGGGCAGGAGCAGGGUAGAAUUAAUGCAAACCGAGGAGCUGCUAUGGCGGGCAACAACAUUUACACCCUGAAUCACAUUUAUGCUGAAGUUUUGCAAGCAGUCAACCAAAACACCUACUUACCAGCUGAACAGCAGGGCAACAAUAUGGCCGCAGACGUCCAGCCAAUGUACAUCGAUCAAGAAGAUGAAUAA